UAACUUAAGCAUCGUUUAGACGUGAAUACGAAAUUAAAAAGAUUGGUGUUAGUAUUUUCUACUGUUUAAUGUCCAGGGUUUCACGAGGCUGCUAUAUUAUAAUAACAACCUUGCAAAAUGCGUACAAUAUUAGCAAGUAUUUUUACAUUAGAGGUUUUUACGGCUUUACUCUUUACCACCGUGACAGUUAAUAGCACGACAACUGCUAAUUCAACCAUUCAUCGGACUUCAGUAAAUACAUCAUCUUCGAAAGUAGAUGCCAAAAACCCGAAUAUUUUUAGUAUUGCGAUUAGAUGGAUGCUGCGAUUACGUGGCUACAUCACGAACCCAACAGUCGAAUACGAAAGUUACGAUGGCUGGUUUAACAACCGUGCUCUACCCCAUCUUGGGGCCACAAGCAGCCCAGUUAUUCGACUACUAGGGACAGGGUAUGCUCUUAAACAGCCAUCAGACACUACUCGGCCAACUAGUAGUUUAGUUGGUAAAACGUUGGAAUAUAUACUUUACCAGAAAAGUGUUACUAGCGGAAGGAAUAUUCUGUUUCUUUAUUUCGGCAAACUAGUGAUGGAAGAAAUAAUAAAUAUGAAAAAGCCAGAAUGUCCUGUUGAAUAUUUUGGUAUUUUAGAGCCAGACGAUAGCAGUGAGAACGAAGAAAAUGAUACGUACAACAAAAAACGGAUUCAGUACUCUCGAUCACUUUGUAAAGAAAACUCUGACAUUUCACCAAGCAACCCUCGACACAGGCUAAAUCAAGUCACACCGUGGUUGGAUGGAGAAGUAAUCUAUGGACAUUCGAAAAGUCAGUCCUGUAUGUUGCGGACAUUUGAAGGAGGAAAGUUGUCAGAUACGAACGAAUAUCAACAAACCCGCGACUUAUGGACCAUUGAAGACCCAAUUGUUUCAAAACUUAAAUUUUUGUGGCUUAAAUUGCAUAACGGAUUGGCAGAAAUAUUUCAGAACGUGAAUAAGAAUUGGACAGAUGAACAGUUAUUUAAUGAAGCCCGAAAAUGGGUUAUUGGAAUCUAUCAGCAUCUCAUAAUAAACAUUUGGUUACCAGUAUGGUUGGAAGAAGAAUUACCACAGUAUUCGGGUUAUAAUGCAAGAUUAGAUCCAUCCAUCUAUGAUGUGUUUGAACCAGCAGCAGCAAGUUUAAAGCAUACAUUUAAAGUAUUUCAGAUUCACAAAGUAUCUACUGACUGUAGUAUCACAGGUGCUGUUCAGACUUGUAAUUCUUACGAUGUGAGAGGCUCAGAUUUAGAGGAACUUUUGAUAGGAAUGUCAUUACAGUCAUUAGAGAAUGACACACAGAUCACAUAUGAGGAAGAGGAAGAAAAUAAUCAAAGGCAUGAUUUGGCCAUUGAAAUUCAAUAUGAGCGAGAUUGUGGAUUCCCAGAUUACAAAACAGCACUCCAGGAACAAGGAUUUAAUAUUCACUUUGAUACUUUCAAUGAAAUGGCAAAACUGUUUCCAAAGCUUUACCAAUGGAAACCCGAGCUCUUCGAUGAACUUCUUCCAGAACUGUAUGGGAACAAAACAGAUAAUAUUGAUAUCCUGGUUGGAAUGCUGUUAGAGAUAUCGGAAAAUACUAAUCAGUUAUUUCAUAAUGCUGUUCAAAAUCAAUUUCAGAGGAUUCGGGAUGGAGAUAGGUUUUGGUUUGAGAAUCUCAAGAAUGGUUUGUUUACAGAAUCUGAAGUAAAAGUAAUCAAAAUGUUAAAGCUAUAUCAUAUACUGCAACUAUCAAUGAACACUCCAAGGGACAUAGUCUUCAAUGACUUCCAUCUUCCAUCCUCAGUUCUAGGUUUAGAUACUAGCUGUGCAGUGAAGUUAGUUAAAAGUAACUGUAAGUGGAAGGACAAAGAGGAUGUUUGCUACUACAUCUAUUCAGAUUCUGAAGACAUAGUAGAUUGCGAUGUUCCUCAACCAUUGAGGUCUUCUACUGGAAGAAAAGUGUCUUUGGCACUCUUCCUUUUGUUUUUAGGAACUUACAUACUAGGUUGUAUUUUUCUGCUGUUAUUUUUAAGAAGGAGAAGAAGAAAUAGUGCCCUUGAAGAGUUGAAAAGAAUGAAUGCUGAAAAACGAAAAAGUUUAUAUGAUAAUUCUGCUGUAGCCAUAGAAUGGGUAGGCCGUGAAGAUCCUCGCUGUGUGGUUGUCAACCUGUGUGCAGAGUUGAAGAACAUCAAAGUCAGUUUGUUGACUGGUGAAACUGUUCGUCAUAUUGAUCUCUCUAGAAUACAUACUCUGGAGGUGCUGGUCAGCACCAGUGAAGAACGUGACAAAUUACUGAUCAGAGUUUCUCGUCAUUAUGAUUUGGUUCUUUUAUUUGAAAACACCUCCUAUCGAGAAAGUUUCCUUCAGGACUUGGAAAAGUUUUUAGGUGACAUAGGAGUUGGAAGACAAAGACUAAAUGUUACUAACUACCAUAUACAGAGAGAUGCCUUAACAAAAGCUGAUAGACAAGCACAACUUGAAAAAUUUCUUCGUGUUGUUUUUGCCCAGCAGGCAUUUUUAAUUGAACACGAUCAAGAAGAAUUAUUUCAUGUAGAUGCCAUACAGGCUAAAGAAGUUAUCAACACUAAGCUAGUGCCUUUCGAGUUUGCUGAAGCUCUGUCUUUGCCACAGGAUUCUAUUUUUGUCACACAGAUGUUUUCUUUUGUUGAUAAACAGAACAGUGGAUGUAUCUCACUCAGAGAAUUUCUUGAUAUGAUUGUGAUUUUUGCUAAAGGAGCUGUUGAUGAAAAAAGUCAACUUUUGUUUGACACAUAUGACAUAGAUAAUUCUGGGAAUUUGAUGAGAGAAGACUUUACUGCACUGAUAAAAUCUUUGCUCUUCCUAACAAAUGAAUCUCUUACCGCUGACCAAGUGGGAAAGAUGAUUGGUCCCAUGUUAAGAGGCGCAGGACUCCACGACAAGAAAUUCUUCACUUUAAGUGACCUAAGACAACUUAUAAAAGACCAUGCAGAAGAAUUAGGCUAUUUCUUGCUGAACUUUGAUGUUGGAAAAAGUAAGCCGGAGAAAUUAUCACCAAGCUUCAAUCAAAGUGCACUUGCACGAGCUCAGGAUACAAUAAUUAGAGCAUACUGUGAUGAAAAUGAGGUGAAAGAAAACCAGACUUUAGCCAAUCAAGCUUUUCCAUCACAAGCUUCCCAAGUGAAAGUUGCAACAGGCACUUCGAGUUACAAGAAGAAAGGCUUAUGUUUGUUACUGAUACUUCUUCGACAUUUUCUGGAGUUGUACAGACUGCAAGUCUUUUGGGUUGUUUUUUAUACAUUGGUGUUAAUUGGACUUUUUCAUCACAGCUUCUACACUUAUAUCGUACAAACAGACUACCAAAACUUUGGAAAGAUAGCUAGUUAUGGCUUAGCCAUUAGUCAAGGGGCUAAAACCCCUAUGAUGUUGUCCUUUUCCCUGGUAAUACUGACCAUGUGCCAUUAUGUAGUUAUAAAAUGUAGGAGUACCUUUUUAGAUCACAUAUUUCCAUUUGGUAGUAUAGCUUCAUCCUACUCUUAUGCUGCCUUUUGUUCUUUCAUUUUCUCUGUUAUUCACGUGAUUGGACACAUGAUCUUUUUGUACUGUAUGUCAAGUCAGCCUGCAGUUAACUUGUCACGCUUAUUUCCAAGUUUCUAUCCCAUGGAAGGAAAACUUUCUGAUUUUCAUUACUGGCUAUUCCAUACUAUCACAGGAAUUACUGGAGUGUUGUUGAUACUAGUUCUUUUACCAAUUUACCUGUUUACCUCCAGAUUUGUAUGUUAUUGCCACCCUUAUUUUUUCUGGGCCAGUCGCAGUUUGUACAUACUUGCAUACAUCUUGUUAAAUCUUCAUGGAUUGGGUAGAGUGUUUGAAAACCCAGCCUUCUACUGCUUUUUUUUGCUUCCAUGCAUUCUAUUUAUUCUGAAUACAUUAGUCAGUAUUAGCAAGAAGAUUACUGAAGUAUUUGUGAUUCAUGCUAAACCUCUUUCUUCAGAUGUGAUGUUGCUUCUCAUCAAGAAACCUCCCAACUUCAAGUUCAUGAGUGGCCAGUGGGUAAGAAUCAGUUGUCCAGCCAUAAGCCACCAUGAAUAUUACCAUUUCGCUGUGUCAUCAGCCCCACAAGAAGAAACUUUGGCCAUACAUAUCCGAAAUGAAGGACCUUGGACUGCUAAUUUACUAAAUAAAUUCAAUCAUACCAUCUUAAAGCAUCUUGGAUAUCCUAAGCUGUACUUGGAUGGGCCCUAUGGUAAAGGUCACCGGAGUCUGUUAUUUUGUGAUGUCACUGUACUUAUUGGUGGAGGUAGAGGAGGUCCAUUGUUAUCUUCUUUACUAAAAGACAUGCUGUUUCAAAGAUCCACAGAAGAAAGGAACUUUUGUAAAAAAAUAUACUUCAUAUGGAUCACACGGUCCCAGAAAGAGUUCCCCUGGAUGAUAAAUGUCAUAAAAGAAAUUGAAGAAAAGGAUAAAACUGGUCUCAUAGAUAUUCACAUUUUCAUCACUCAGUUCUACCAAAAAUCAGAUAUGCAUACUGUAAUGUUGUAUGUUUGUGAGCAGUACUUUCAGAAACUAUCAGGACGGAACCUCCUUACAGGUUUACGUACACCAACACACUUUGGCCAUCCAGACUUGCAUCUGCUUUUAGCCUCUCUGCAAGUAGAACAUCCUGGAGUGGGAAAGUUUGGUGUGGUUACUUUUGGUUCUCCUUCCUUGAUGCAAAAUGUCCAACAAUCUUGUGAUGAAUUGAACAAGAGAGAAGGAGCUUUGUUUGCUCACCAUUCUGAAGAUAUAUAAUUGUUUUAUCAUGUUCUCUUCAUUUAUUAAUUAUUUUGGUAACUUACAUUGCUUGCAAAUGUGUGAAUGCUUUACUAAUUUAACGUAAAAUAAAUGGUUAAGUUGCUGCAAUUAGAGAUUUAAAUCCUUUUUCAUAAACAUACAAAGUUUGUUAACUUUGUUUUUGAUACAAAGGUAUCUUCUUCUUUCUUUUCUAGUCACAAAUAUUUUUUUCUUGGAUUUUCUAGCAUUGCAAAUCCAGAAAAUUACUGCUGACCCACUGUGUGACCCAUAUACUAUGCACGUUCGUGGAACUAACUCUAUGCUUUGUCUGUUCUUUUUUUAUUUUAAUUUAUUAUCUAUCAAAUUUCAUUUCAUUUGUUGUUAUAUACGUUUCCUAUAAUAUUCUUUCCCAUGCUUUUUACUAUAAUUAUAAUAAAAAGAAAGUAUCAAAUCCUUUUCAAGAGUCUACGAUAGAAUUGACAUAGAAACCACAUUCUUCGGAAAGUUGUCAGUCUUUUAAAUCAAUCUUUACUUUAUACUUUGUUCUAAUUUUGCCAUAAAAGCAAUGUUUUGUAUUGGAACUGUUGAUACAAAAAUACAAAUUGAAUAUAUAGUGUACACAAAAUGUUUAAAAGACAUUACCAUUAAUCCACUGUAUUUUCAGUAUUUCAUUCAAAGCUGAGAAAUUAAAGACUUGAUAAAAUGUAUGAAAGAAACAAUUUGUAUUACAUAAUACAAGACAAAUAAGAGUAUGCUUCUAAAAUAAAGAGUUUUAAGUUUA